CACACGGUUAUAUAACCAUAAUAUCCAUUAAUGCAUUGCUUGCUUUAUAUAACUACAGUAUACAUUAAUACAUUGCUUGUGUUGGUAAAAUGUCCUUCUGACAGUUCAAUACAUUUAACUGGACUUACGGAAGAAACGAGCUGGCUUUCAAGAUGGAUUCGAGCCCACAGAAUGUUAACAUACUACAGCAGCAGCGGCGUGCCAAACAGCUGGUACCCGAGACACAGAAAGAUAGCAACUAUUGGCAAAAGAGACAACGCAACAAUAUUGCCGCGAAAAAGUCACGUGAGAACAAGCGUCAGUAUGAAAGCAUGGUUAGAGGCAGAGUUAUCGCGCUUGAAGAGGAAAAUUAUCUUUUGAAAAAAGAGCUCAAAGUGCUUAAAGAAAGGUUGAAUAUACCAAUGGACGCUAGCGUUCUCAGUCCAGCCGAACGUGAUGCAUGUCUCCAAGAUUACAGAAGAACGGGUAAUUUUUUAGAUACUUCCCCCAAACGUCACGAGGGCUCGAGCUCAGGCUCAAACUCGAGCUUCGAUACUUCAGACUAUAGUAACAGUUCAUUUAACUUUGAGAACGAGAAUUCCAGGAACGAAAUCAGCACAGGAAGUGUAUACAGUACGCCAGCGAGUACAUUUGUAUGGGCAAUAACUCCUGCGUAUUCGCAGAGUCUGCAGCGUUAUGGUGAGAGUUCAAAGAUAUACAGAAGUGAAAUGUCUACAGGAAAUAAUCAAGACCAUACUGCAGGGUGUAAAAGAAAACGGCCAAAGGAAAAUAGCAUUAUGCCAGGUGACUUAUCUACCAGACCAAAUCCAUGUACACACAGAAGUGAUUCAUUGAAAACUGUAAACGAAGACAAAAACAUCGGUAGAGAACCGUAUGACACAUUAAAAGACGGUCAUCAGUUUAGUAGUGAAAGUCUUGAAGUUAAUAACGGCCCUUUAGACUUAACAAAUGAUGCAAACGAUAGUGAUGCUAUUAACUCUGACAUAAAAAGCAAACUGCAGUUGUUAUCCGAGCAAGUUGAAAGAAUGCAAAAACUAGUUGGCAGUUCAUAAGUGUUCUAUGUCAGAUUGGGCAUGACCUCUUUCAUUUAAGUGCCGUGCACAUGAUUAUUUAGGGUAAACUUUGUCGUCUUUACUAAAAGCAUUCUUGACUCGUUUAUAUAAUCACCUCACUUGAAUACGGCUACGCACAGCAUUCUUGCAAGAUGGAUGAUUACGAUAUAUAAUAUAUUUUUGAAUAUAUUAGUAACUUUUUCGAUUGCUGUAUUCCCGGUAUGCAUCUUGCUUACAAUUCCCUGCAAACUUAUAUCUCCGUUAUUACUAGUCUAGUCAAAGAUUUUAUUGGCAUAAACAUAGAUAAUGUUCGUCGCCAUAUACUGUGUUACUGAUUACGACUGAACGAAACUUCAUACACUCCCCCAUCUCUUAAAAAGAAAGAACAUUAUCACUAUCUCAGUUUCUUUCAUCUGGUGUGUCACGACUCGUGUAUUUUAAUUUAGUUACCAAAGCUUCUACAGAUAUGCAAUUUUUCUCUCUCUCUUUUCACUUUGAUGUAUUUUUUACAUUCUCUUAGAUCUGUUUCUCAGUAUUAUUUCUUACUCGACCAGCACAAAUUGCAUCAAACAUUCCAUGCUCAAAAAUACCUCCAUGCUCAGGAUUUUGCUUUUAUAAAUGUUUUUAUCAUUUUGGCAAGCUACCUUGUCUGCAGUCACAACUCUGUGUUUUUCCUCUCUGUUUCGCUUUUGAAAUGUUUACAGAAUGAUGCCAAAAUGUCAAAACAUUUGCCUGUACUUCAUAAGCUUAAUCCCCACAUUAUGAAAGCGUAUAAUGUAACAUACUGUACAGAGCAGUGACUAGAUUUCUUAUUUUGUUUGUAUUCGUUGUGAAUAUAAUCAUUCUUAUCACUUUACCUCAGGAAUUCAACUUAUUUGUUCAGCUGUUGUAGUGUUAUUUUGUUUCAAUAAAAAAUAAAUUUUGU